AUGCUUGUCACCCAGAUAGUGGAGGUGAACUUCUCUGUGCUCCUUGUGGAGGUGGAGCCUGGGGUCCAGGUGAAGCUCCAGUUCUGGGGAGAAAGUGAAGCCCUCAUCAUCCUCAUCCUGGUGGUGAGCCACAAGAGUGAACUGGUGGCUGUGCGUCAGGUGAAGCUGGAGGAGGAGGAGAAGCUGGCUGCCUGUUCUGGAGAAAGUGAAGCCCUCAUCAUCCUCAUCCUGGUGGUGAGCCACAAGAGUGAACUGGUGGCUGUGCGUCAGGUGAAGCUGGAGGAGGAGGAGAAGCUGGCUGCCUCUUUGGGGACUCUCUAUGUUGAGACCUCAGCCAAAAGCAACAGUAACAUUGGAAGAGCCUGUGAGAUGCUCACCCAAGAGACCUAUGAUGCUGUGAAGAUAACGAUCAUGGGGUCAAACACAGAGUGGAAGGGAGUAAAAAACAGGGUCCCAUCUUGGGCCAAGCUUCAGGAGGCAGAGGACCAAAGCAGGGCAAGGUGGAUAUGCCUAUGCUGGUGA